ACUGAAGAAGAAUACAUCGAAUCUGGUCAUUGCAAAUCGUUUUCGGCAUGUGAGAUAAUUUACUUGUUCUCUGUAAUAUUGUAUAGAUUUGGAAUCGGGACAUUAUUUACUGCGGAGGAAAAUAUGCAGGUUUCUCGACUCAUUCCCUGACUAUGAGAAGGGAUUGAGUGACGAUUCGUUUAGCAACCUUGUGACCCAGCAUGGCCAGUGUGAGCCAGAAUACUAACUAGCCAGCCUGUUGUUCUUUCAAAUGCGAUGGAUAUAAUUUAUAUAACAAGUUGUCUGAUAAAGGAGAAAUAGCUUCUCAAUGGAUCAGGACAAAUCUAGCCCAUUCCCCUCCACCCUCCCGGAGUCCCCAGGUCAAACGUCUCCCGGGACCGCUUCACUGCUGGGUCUGGUUGACUGCAGGACAACACCGGGGCAAAGAGGAGAAGAAGAAGAGAAGGAAGAUGGAGAUUUGAUUUCAUUAAGUAAGAACCAUGGGGACAGCCCUAACCGUUGCUCUCUCAGCGGGAGAGGCUUGUCAUCUGGGGAGCCUCGACAACAUCGUGAUGCUGACAAGACAGAGAAGAGUCUCUCCAGAUCAGGACGUUUCAAUAAACACCGGCAUAGAGGUAUAGGGAAGAAACCUCACCACUGCUGCUUUGACUGGGGGAAGAGUUUAGCUAAACAGAAGGAAUUGAUCAUUUACCAGCGGCGUAACACUGGAGAGAAACCGUACCACUGCUCUCAGUGCGGGAAGAGUUUAGCUGCAUCUAAAACCUUAAAAUCUCAGAUAAUUCAUACAGGGGAGAGGCCUUACCCCUGCUUUGAUUGUGGGAUGACCUUCAGUCAAUCAAGGGCCCUGACAACACACCAACGCAUACACACAGGAGAGAAGCCUUACAGCUGUGAUCAGUGUGGGAAGAGCUUCAGGAACUCAGGACACCUGACUAGACACAAACGCAUACACACAGGAGAGAAGCCUUACAGCUGUGAUCAGUGUGGGAAGAGCUUCAGGAACUCAGGACACCUGACUAGACACAAACGCAUACACACAAGAGAGAAGCCUUACAGCUGUGAUCAGUGUGGAAAGAGCUUCAAUCAAUCAGGCGAUCUGACAACACACCAACGCAUACACACAGGAGAGAAGCCUUAUAGCUGUGAUCAGUGUGGGAAGAGCUUCAAGAACUCAGGACACCUGACUAGUCACAAACGCAUACACACAGGAGAGAAGCCUUAUAGCUGUGAAGAGUGUGGGAAGAGCUUUGCACUGUCCGGAACUCUGACUACACACAAACGCAUACACACAGGAGAGAAGCCUUAUAGCUGUGAUCAGUGUGGGAAGAGCUUCAAUCAUUCAGGAUCCCUGAUUACACAUCAAUACAUACACACAGGAGAGAAGCCUUAUAGCUGUGAUCAGUGUGGGAAGAGCUUCAAUCAUUCAGGAAAUCUGACUUCACACCAACGCUUACAUACAGGAGAGAAGCCUUAUAGCUGUAUUCAGUGUGGGAAGAGCUUCAGGAAGUCAGGACACCUGACUGAACACCAGUGCAAACACACAGGAGAGAAGCCUUAUAGCUGUGAUCAGUGUGGGAAGAGCUUCAAUCAUUCAGGAUCCCUGGUUACACACCAACGCAUACACACAGGAGAGAAGCCUUAUAGCUGUGAUCAGUGUGGGAAGAGCUUCAAUCAAUCAGGAGACCUGACUACACACCAACGCAUACACACAGGAGAGAAGCCUUAUAGCUGUUAUCAUUGUGGGAAGAGCUUCAGUAACUCAGGACACCUGACUGCACACCAGCGCACACACACAGGAGAGAAGCCUUAUAGCUGUGAUCAGUGUGGGAAGAGCUUCAAUCAAUCAGGAGUCCUGACUAAACACCAACGCAUACACACAGGAGAGAAGCCUUAUAGCUGUGAUCAGUGUGGGAAGAGCUUCAAUCAAUCAGGAUACCUAACUAUACACCAACGAAUACACACUGGAGAGAGACCUUAUAGCUGUGAUCAGUGUGGGAAGAGUUUUGCUCAAGAUUCCACCCUGACUGCACACCAACGCAUACACACAGGAGAGAAGCCUUAUAGCUGUGAUCAGUGUGGGAAGAGCUUCAAUCAAUCAGGAUCCCUAACUAUACACCAACGAAUACACACUGGAGAGAGACCUUAUAGCUGUGAUCAGUGUGGGAAGAGUUUUGCUCAAGAUUCCAGCCUGACUACACACCAGGUCACACACUGGAGAGAAACCUUACUCCUGUCUAUGUGGAAAGAGCUUUGCUCAUUCAGGGUCACUGAAAAAACACCAGAAAUCACAAACAUGUUUUAUUUUAUCUCCCUCCACUCCGGCACCGGUUCCAGAUCUCUAAAUACAGUUUCAUUAGAAAACAUCUUGUAAAGUCUUAUUACCAUGGUAACAUGUGUAGAUAAUAUGCAGCUCUGGAUCCAUAUGUAUCAAGCGUCUUGGAGUAGGAGUGCUGUGUGUGGUGGGGUGGGGGGGUUCAGAGCUGUAUCUUAUUUCAUCAACUCCUGUUAUCCAUUAAAUAACUGUAUAAUGUAGAAUAAUGUUUCAACAAUACUCUGUGUGUAUUCAUGUAUUCAAAAGAUUAAUAAUUAAAUCCAUUAUCU